ACAACACAGUGAUUGCGUGUAGAGGUUUGGGGCCAUCUUAAUUUGUUGCUGCUGUGUCACGUGUCAUUCUGUAGUGCAAGGCUAUUUUGAAGCGCAAGACGGAGGUGUAAGUUGAAUCAUUUCGGAGUUAAGAGCUGUGAAUAAUUCUGAAAGAUAUGCAUUGCUAAUCAUAAUGGCCAGACUAUUACUUUCCACCAGAUCUUUACGACGUCUACUGUAUCUUGUUGUCAUCUGGAUAUGUCUGUGUUACUUGGUGUUCCAUUUCACCCGUCCUUUGAAUGCCGUAUCGCUACUAGCUGAUCACGUGCAGCGCGGCCUUUUAGAGAAGUCCGUAUCAAAACAGCUGGUAAACAAUAAUAUUGCAUUCCAAUUUUCAAAAGAAAACCCACAAGUUGACACAUCACCUAGUCUAGGAGAAAAAGAAUUCCUUUAUUUUCUGUCCAAUAAUUCGAACUUACCUCUAGCCUAUUGGGCUGCCAAUAAAAAUAAACAGAUAGGAGAUAAAACUUGUGUGAAAUUUCCUAGUCUGUAUGACUUAGAGUUUAACAAUAUUUAUUGGCAAAGUUUUCAUAGCUCCAAUGGAACCUUUUAUCUUUACGGAGCUUAUUAUGACGAUAGAUGGCGCGGGGGUAGCUUACCAAGUGUUAGAAUUUUGGGAAUGGUUGAUAGACUAAAGCCUCAUCCCACAAUCUGUCAACUGUGGUUUGACAAACUAAAGUCGCCACUUUUCUCCCCCGUGACUUAUACUUACGCUUGGCAUACGAAGUGGGGAAACUACAAAAAUAACAUUUUACAACCAUACGUCAUAUCCUGUAAGAUUCCCAAGGAAUCAAAAGGUCAAGUACCAGCCAGCGUUUCGUUAGUAGAACGGAAUUGUCAGAAACCCUCUUGCAAUUUGAGAGUGGUUAACAACAGGCCGGUUCGGAAGCAAGACUUUGCAGUGUGUGUAAAAGGUCUUGAUUUUCUCCAGAAUGAUCUCAGUGUACGGCUGGUGGAGUGGUUAGAGUUGCUGCGAGCUGUUGGAGCUAAGAAAGUUUUUUUGUAUGAGCUCGAAAUUCACCCAAACAUCUCCAAAGUUCUUCACUAUUAUCAUAAUCAAGGAUUUGUUCAACUAACCCCUAUAACCCUCCCAGGAAACCAGCCCAACCUGCCUGGUUUUCGUCACCUUUAUCUAAAAUCUAAGCUGACCAACAAGCGCCAGAAUGAACUAAUACCAUACAACGACUGUUUAUAUAGGAAUCUAUACAGCUACGAGUAUUUAGUUUUAUUAGAUAUCGAUGAGUUUAUUCUUCCAGUGAAACACGACACCUGGGGUGAGCUAAUGAAAGUUGUUGUAUCUAAAGCUCUUCAGGAGAAAAAUUACACCCGCGCUAGCUAUAACGUAAGAAACGUUUACUUUCUGGACGACUUGAAAGAUGGAGAAGAACUUCAACACGAAACCCAUGAAAAAGGAAUUCCUUCUUAUCUUCACAUGCUUCAACAUGUUUAUCGUUCAAAGAACUUUACGAAGGCUGGCUCCUAUGUUAAAUGCUUCCACAACACCGAACGAGCAGUUUCCUUACAUAACCAUUUUCCUCUGAACUGUUUUGGAACAUGUACAACAUAUUCCAUCAGCACCGAUUUAGCUCAUCUUCAACAUUACCGGAAGGACUGCGUAGGAACUCUCAAAAACAGCUGUAAAAGUGACUUUAAGGUGUACACGACACGUGACACUGCCAUCUGGAAGUACAAGGAUACCGUCAUACGGCAGAGCACGUUAGUUCUGAAGAAAUUAGGAUUUUUUCCUUAAAAGAGUUUGGACAAAAAACAGACAGUUUCUUGAAAUGGAAUGUUAGGUAUCCAACAAAUUUACCUUGAUGGCUGGUUGGUCAGUUGCACUUGAGAAUGUGUUGUUUCAAAAGCUUUUUAUUUGGGGUGGGGUGGAGGGGGGAGUCGACUUUUGAACAAUAAUAGAUGUGAUGUAUUAUAUAUAUAUAUAUAUAUAUAGUAUUGUAACAUAAAUUCUUGGGUUAAAAGUACUUUGGAUCAUUUCAACAUAAAAAUUAGAAAUGCCACUUUUUUACUAUUAAACUACAUAUAUAAUUAUAGCUUUGUAUUUGAUCAACAUUUACAAGAUGUAACAGUCCCAUAUAGGCUAAAAAGUUACUCGAUAAUGCUGGAGUAUAAAAAAUUCCAUUAGACUUGUCUAACAAUAAGUUAGACUUUUCCUCAUUAAAGACUGAUAUUUAAUUCAUUUCACAAUCUUUUAAUAGUAAGUUCAUGACAAAAUUGUGCUUUAUAAACUUCACAUUAUGUUUUGAUCAUCCCACGUGUCACCCUAACGUUGUUCCCGGAACUUUUCAAAGACGAUCGAUGUUCUGUAAAUACUAAUUUGCACAUAGCAGCCAAUCAAUUUGUAAAACGUUAAGAUGUUAUCCACACUUUACAGGUAUUUAUAUAAAACGUAGUUUUUAUAUUGAAUUUUAUAAAUUUGUAGUUACUUAUAACCUUAAGAUAAUAUCGAAUACACAACUGAAGUUGCACUUUAGAUAGAUGAACAAUUACAUAAUUUUUUUCUAUUGUGGCUUGAUGGUUAGGGCACUCAAAUCGCAAUCUGCGGAUCAUGUGCUAGAGUCCCGUCACCGACAAUGUUCGCUUUUUCAGCCGUGGGGGUAUUAUAAUGUGACGAUCAAUCCUACUUUUCGUUGAUGAAAGAGUAGCCCAAGAGUUG